UUUUUUUUUUUUUAAACGUUCCUCCUCUGCAUCUUGACUUGAUUCCAGAGCUUGUUUAAAUCCAACUUUUGCCCAGUCAUGGUAAAGAGGAGUUAAGUGAAUUGAGCUGAAUUCAGUGAUGAAAGAGGGAGGAGUUGGAGACGGGAAAGGAGGAGGGCUGACCGGAGAUAAUGUGUGUGUGUGAAAGAGAGACACAGACUGCAUGCAGCUCUCAGUCAUUCAUCUCUUAGAAAGAGGAGAGGAAACUACAACAGAAAGACAGGGAGAGUUUUUAUAAAUAACAAAGAAGAGAUUUUUUUUUUACCUAGCAAUUCUGACUCGUAUCUCCUCUCAUUCAAACUCCAAAAGCUGCAUUUUUUUCCUUUGCAAUCAAGUUUUCACACUGCAAGUUCAGCUACUGUGUGGAGAUAUUUCUGAUUCACUCUCAGGCAUCUAAAGACUCAUUUCCUGCUCUGAGAACUGCAGACAAAAUAUACCAAAGCCAUACAUGUGCCUGUUUGUUUGACAUGAUUCCAGCAUCGGGAGCAGCCAUUCCAAAGUGAAUCUCUGUUGAGCAAGGACAGAGAAGGGCUGGGGGGAGGCUCUGUUUUUAUGCAGUUUACACAAAAGGACUAGUUGGCUUAUUUUUGGAAGGUGAAGAGCGGGGUGACCUGGAGAGGAAGCGCCCGGGAACAGAAAAGGUCCGGGAAGAAGGAGGAGGAGGAAAAGGAGAAGGGUGCUUCAAACUGAGAAAGAGCAUCCUCCCAGCCUAGAAACAGAUACCAACAAGACCACAAGACCUGGUUUACUUUUAUGUGUUUUAACAAAAAGAAACUGUAGGGAUUCUGCACGCUCACAUCCGGGACGCACCGGCACACCGCCGCGGAAUGGAUCUCCCUCCAGUCAGAGAAAUGUCUGAUGUCCCUUGAGAUUUGGGAUCCCCUACCCCGGUGCCACACUGCUGGCUCCCCAGGAUGGAACACACUCAUUCCCUGAGAAAUGAGCAGGACUCAGUACUCUCACUUGACCAGAUACGGGCCUUUCGGGCCAACAAUGACUAUGUGGACAGACCAGUGGCGUUGGAACCGGGAUCCCAGUCUGGAUUCUACUACGCCCACGAGGACCGUAUAGUAUACAGCCAUCACCCCCAGCCUUCUUCUUUCUCCUCUGCUCUGUCCCGCAGUCAAAGUCAGCAGCAGCAUGCUCAUCUGGCACACCUGAGCCGCUCCAGCACUGUGAGUUCCUCGAUUUCUCGGACCAGUGCCACAUCCGAUCAGCGGCUUCUGGCAGGUUUGACGCCAUCUCACUCUGGAUUCAGUUCAGUGAUCCACUCUCAGCCUAAAGGGGAGCUUAAGUCCGACACUUCCUUCGGUAAAGGCCUGACAGACGAGGAGGCUGAACAUUUGUUCAUCUGUGAGCGAUGUGGCCGCUGCAAGUGUCAGGAAUGCUGCAGCCCCCGCCGCCUGCCUUCUUGCUGGGCCUGUGAGCAACGUUGUCUUUGCUCUGCCGAGAGCGCCGUGGAGUAUGGUACUUGCUUGUGUUGUGUGAAAGGCCUGUUCUAUCACUGUUCUGCCCAAGAUGACGAGGAUAACUGCGCUGAUCGGCCAUGCUCCUGCGCUGCAGCCCACGCCUGCGCUCGUUGGAGCACCAUGGCGCUGCUGGCGCUCUGUCUGCCCUGCCUCUGCUGCUACCCCCCUGCCAGGAUGUGUCUUGCACUAUGCCAGUGCGUCCAUGACCGAGCAACACGGCCUGGCUGCAGGUGCAGCAACACCAACACAGUGUGCCGCAAAAUUUCUGCCUCCAACCCUAACGCCGGUCACCCACCGCUACGAAACAAAGACCUGGAAAAGUCGCUAUGACACGUUUAGAGUUGGGGGAGAAAAUCAAACCCCCCCAAAAUAAAUUAUGACAUUGUGAUCCAUCUGCCUACAAAUACCAACCUAACAAACCCAACAUCAAAUGUUGUUCUCCUAAAAUACUUUGAAUUUAGAUCUCCAACUCAGGGGGGACCAAAGACCUACUGUGCCUGUUCAUGUUGGAGACUUAAUGCCUGAAAAAAAGAGCUCUAUCUUUAACCCAGACUCUCAGACAAGAACAACCUCUCUUUGCCUUCUGUCUUGUUAUCUCAGCGUGAUAAAAUCUAUUUAUUUAUUGUUAAACCUCCUUCCUCCCCACCCUUUGCAGAAGGUUCUAGUGGAGCACAGAGAAGAGUGACUGACCCGUGGCGGCGUGUACAGUCUUCGCCAACAGGAUAUCCGUUCUUCAGAAACAGAAUUUCAGAGCAAGCACUGAAACUAAUCGUGAAGUGAUGUUCUGAGCACUUAUUGCAAUCUAAGGACAAAAAGGGAAGAACUUAAAUCUUUUUGCUUCGUUGACUGCUUGACUAGGGCAAAGCAAAGCAUAAAGGCCAUAAAGUGACUGUCUUCACAAUUUGAAACCAAACAAUGGGACCAUCCACUGUACUGACUAAGUGAAUUUAAAUGCUAUUAAGCUCAUUUGUAAAAGAAAAGCACUGUGAGGUGGAUGGACGAUGUUUUCCACCCAGAACUGAACCGGGGAUUAUUAAACCAGAGAGGAUGCAUCCAUUGUGUCAAGGCAGCGUGCGAAUGUGUUUGUGUGUCUCCUACUGUACAACCUGUGUGCGUGUGGGUGGGCGUGUGUGUGUGUUGUUUUGUCAGCAGAAGAAGCCUCCCUUGUCUUUAUUUUUAGCUGUGCUGCUUUAGUCAAGCUCCAGGAGUCUGGUCAGGUUUCCUCUUGAAGUCAGUCUGUCGCCAGCCUCACCCCACUGACUGACCUCCAUCUUCCUUCUCCACUCCUCUUUUUCUUAUCUAUUUACUCAUCCACCAAUCAGGUAAUACCUUGGUUUAUGAGGGUUAGCUUUGUUAAUAAGCAAACUUACCAUAAGAAGAGCUUGCCUUUUGUUCUUUUGAAGUUUUCGGUCAUAAUUACAUCUGACGAAGACUCAACCCAGACAGAUGGAAGAGAACUAAGACAAUCCAACUAGAAAGUAGACACGAGGCAUUUAUAUUGUAUCUCCCUCCUGCCUCAUCUGUCUUCCCUCUAAAGCUCAGACGGCUAAAAGCCUCCAGUUCCAGGCCCACAGAGAGUUGAUCAAACAGGCAAUUAGCUUCCUGUUAGCUCUUAAUGGGCCAUAGAAGACCGGAGUGUGGGAGGGAGGGAGGAGAGCGGACAGGAUGCAGGAGGAGUUGUGGUGUUUGGCAGAUGGAGAGAGGGAUGCUAAGAGAGGGGAAAAGAGGUGGUUGAUGUUGCAAUGAGGUCAUCCUUUAUAUUUUUUUAUUUCAGCACUUCAGGCUUCAAUGCAAGAGAAAUGCGACAGACAUUCUCAAAAAGGGAGCAUCUAAGGUGAAUGAAUACAACAGUUACAUGAGUGUGGGUGUGUAUUUGUGUGAAGGCGUGGGCGUGUGCAUACGUUUUCCUGUGUGUGUGUGUGUGUAGGUUUAAGAAUUAAUACGUCUUAGCUUGUCUGUGCAUGAAUAAGCACAGACGUACACACUGACCUGUUGUGUUAAAUAUUACUUUGCUAUAUUUUUGUAUGUAAUUGUGGACCUUCAGCUGUAUAACUAUUUUUAUUCAGUUUUAUUUUCGGACAGCGAUAUUGUUUUCCAUUAAAGUGAGAAACUUC